GCGCAUCUCCAGCGCAAUCCGCGAGAAGGCGAAAAGACGUUCGCGUGAAGAAGACGUUGCUUAGAAGUUGUCGGCAACUUAAAAGGCUUCCCGUCACGCGCGGUACCGGUUCUGGUCCGGAGGGGUUGCGAGACGGUUCCGCGGUUCUGGUUGAACUGGAUUAUCGCUUAUUCUGCAGGAGGAUUACCGUGUAGUCCGGAUUUACUCGGCGGUUUACACGGUUUUAGCGCAUUUACAGGGCGAGGCCAGCUGUGCGCCACACGUCGCUCUACACGUACGAGUCUCUGAAGGUUCUCCAAGGUUCUCCAGACCAAGCGAGAACCUCCAGACCAAGAGAGGGUCUCCUCUACCCGGCCUCGUAUCUCCCCGUCCAUCCGCUCCACUUGUAGAGCUCGCGGCUACACGUCCGGCCAGCCGUCACCUCUACGUGUAGGUUGGGUUUCUCCACCGUGCCAUGGAUCCACUGUGGAGAUGUUUGCUUGGACUUCUGGUCAUUGGAUGUCGUCUGAAGCUCUCCAGAUCUACCAUCCUAGACUCCAUAUACUGGAAUACAUCCAACACAAAGUUCGUACCCGGGCGAGGCCUGGUCCUGUACCCUCAGAUCGGAGACAAGAUGGACAUCGUGUGUCCUCGCCUGAGGCCGGGGUCCAGCGAGCGCACCAACAUCGAGUACUUCCGCGUCUACCUGGUCACCAAGGAGCAGCUGGAGACGUGCCGCGUGGAGAAGGACAACAUGGCGCUGCUGAACUGCGACAAACCCGACCAGGACGUCAAGUUCACCUUCAAGUUCCAGGAGUUUAGUCCCAACCUGUGGGGUCUGGAGUUCCUCAAGGGAAAGGACUACCACAUUAUCUCUACGUCAAACAGCACUUUUGAAGGCCUGGACAACCACGAGGGCGGAGUCUGCAGGACCAAGUCUAUGAAGAUGGUGCUGCGGGUCGGACAGAGCCCUGAAUCAGUUCCUACGAAAGAUCAUUCCCCCAAACACUCGGAUACCGACAACCAGAGCACCUUCAGCAAGGAGGAUGAAGUCAUCAGUAAAGCUGACCCAGUUCCAGAGAGCGGCGCCGAUGGAAAGAGCGGCGAGUCCACGGGUCCAUCCAGCUCAGAGAUGGUUCUGUUCGCCGGCGUGGCCUCUGGAGUCGUGGUGCUCGUCCUCCUGCUCGUGGUCGGACUGGUGGUUCUGAUUCGGCAGCGGCGACACCGUAAACACGCCGCCCAGUGCUCCGGCCCACUUCCCCUUCAUACCCUUCCCAAACGAGGCAGCGGCGGCGCCAACAACAACGGCUCAGAGCCCAGCGACAUCAUCUUCCCCCUGCGCUCCUCCGACAGCAUGUACUGCCCGCACUACGAGAAGGUCAGCGGGGACUACGGACAUCCCGUCUACAUCGUCCAGGAGAUGCCGCCACAGAGUCCUGCCAACAUCUACUACAAAGUUUGACAGGAACCAGUUGUCUCAGGAACUGUAGGGUUCAAACACUUGCCUCCUGAAAUCAUGGACAUCUCGUUGUAACGGAUGCUGUUGGAGGGAGAAGCCUGUUCUUCUGCACCAGUUGCUUGGUUCUCCAGAGUCCUGGUUCAAAGGAACGUUUUUACCUGGUCUUGCGAACCUGGUCUUUCAAGGUUUCCACUCUGGGAACUUACCGAGAGCGUUGUGGAGGUGGAGGUGCACGUAUCUCUUCUCAAAUCAAAUCAGUGCUUUAGAACUGCCCUUUAGAAGGCAGGCUGAGGUGCUAACUUGUUUUUUUUGUGCUCAGGGGAGAACAUUGCAAUAUUCUCUAGGUAUGAGAAAGACUUAAGAAGAUCUAAUCAGGGCGAAGAUUGUGUGAGACCACAAUGCUGGGGGGGGGGGGGAGACAAUCGCCCAGGUUUUUCACAGACUGUGUAGAAUCUUUUUAUUUAAUUUUUCUACCCAAUUUAGCUGAGCCAUUGAACCCUUUGGAGAAAGUGCCAGAUCCCCAGCUCUGAUACUCCAGCCAAUGGAUGCCUGGGACUCUUGAGGAAAAUGAGAGAAAGAGAGAGAGAGAGAGAGAGAGAGAGAGCAGAACCUAACCAUCCAUUGAGAGAGAGCAUGGCGCCAAUCCUGAUUACUCUCUCGAGCUCUGGCUGCUGAUGCCAAAUGAGCAUGAUGACCCUUAAACUUGCGACUAGUUGCGAUUCAGUUUGACGCAUCUCAAUCUCAGACUCAAUCAGUUUGGUUAAACAUUUCUUUUCUCAGAAGCAAAUCUGAGAUGGAUGCUUUUAACCCGGAGAGAGAAUGGCGCCAACUGCGCUUGCUUUCUCUUGCUCUGGCUGCUGAUGCCGAAGAGUUGCAGUGAAUGACCUGAGAUUCAAACUCAAAAUCAAGCAUCUAUUUCCACAACUAGAACCUUCAGACUUUAGGACUUUCAUGUCAUAUUUGGGAUAUUCAAUACACUUUCGAUGCAUCUCAGAGCUGGACGCUUCUAGACCUUUGUAUGUAUGUACCGUACAAAGUGUCACAAAGUGUUACGAAGUGUCACAAAGCUUCAGGAAGUGUCACAAAGUGUUACGAAGUGUUACAAAGCGCCAGGAAGUGUCACAAAGCGUCACAAAGGUUACAAAAGGACGUAAAGACUGUUCCUGCAUCUCCAAGCUGGUCUAAAGGAUGCACAACACAUACCAAACUCCCGCUGAUUCUCCUCCAUAUGCCGCUCCCGCGUCGGGGUGCGAGAUUUUGCAGCUUCUUUAGGCCGCAUGCGGUUCUCGCGCUCGCUUUGGCGGCUUGUCAAACGCUUCGUCGUGAAAGAAAAGCCAGGCUCGACACAAACCCUAUCCUUCCCCAACACUCCCGCCCACCCCUUUUUUUUUGUUUACUUCUGUAAAUACUACCUAAAACUUCUUUGUUUGUAUUUUUACGUUUUUUUUUUCUAAAUUAUGUCUUAAGUUAUGUUUUGUAUGGAUUCAUUUUGGAAUACUCUCGUGUUAACAAGAAGUCUGGAGAUGAAGACGAACCAAGCCAGAAAGGAGGAUUAAAAAAAAAGAAAAAACGCUAAAAAAGACGCUAAUGCCGCGGAUUUGUAUUACUCACGUACGCCGCGAGCAGCAGCAGCGAUUGAACAAAUAACAAAUCUCAGCCUGAUCUGUCCAAGUGUUGAUUCGUUUGAUUGUACACCCAGAGAAUGUGCUGUUCCAGCUGGUGGGCGCUGAAUGGAUUAUGAUUGUUCGGGGCUGAAUGGGCUCGUAAUGGCAGCUCGCGCUGCGCGUUAGAGAGUGUUGUUUGGUAAAUGCAGACGUUUGUAAGGUUUUGUACGGUUUGAAUAAAGCUGGCGGCAUAUUGGUUUACAACUAAA